UCAUCCUGGUGUCUUUAUCAGGGAACUUAUCCGGAAAUCGGUGGGGUGUACGUAGAAACGCGGAGGGUCUGGGGGAUCUUCUGGUGAGAAAUGGCUCCCAAAACCAUUAAAUCUGCUAUAGCAGACGCGCUGGAGAAUCUGUCAAAGGAAAACUUCAAAAAGUUCUGCACCAGGCUGCUGGACCGCAGGGUAGAGCCGAGAGUCCGGCGCAGGCAAGUGGAGGGAAAAACCUACCUAGAGAUCACUGACCUCCUUGUUUCUACUUUUACCGAGGUUAAAGCUCUACAGGUGACUGUGGAUCUGUUGAAGGAGGCAAGGUGCGGGGACGAUGCCGAGGAACUCUUGAAAGAAACAGCUGCACUGCGCUCAGAGCUUGGUUCCAGUGAUGCUGCAAGACCAUCAGCUGGAGCAUCUGGUGGAGAUACCAUGGCCGACAAGCACUUUGUGGAUAAACACGGAAAGGCUCUAAUCCAGAGAGUGAGCAACAUUGCACCCAUUCUGGAUGGGCUCCUCUUCGAAGGUGUCAUCCAACAGGAGAGUUAUGAUAACAUCCGAGUUCUGCCCACCACUCAGAUGAAGAUGAGGGAGCUCUAUGCUGGUUGCCUGAAAGCUGGCCCUAACUGCAAAGAUGUCUUCUUGAAACUUCUUGAGGAAAAUGAGAAGUAUCUCAUCGAGGAACUCAAGAACAAAUAACUCUUUUGGAUAAUUUUUUUGGAUAUACAGCCCACCUAAAUAAAUAGGAAAUACUGAUUUUAGCCCCAUGUUCCUGUGGAGAAAUGAAGAGUAUAUUCACUUCUGCACACACCACUGCACCACUGAUAACAUGAAUGUUUCAGCAGAACUGUGCCUCUUUCAAUGAGGGUCUUUUAAUUACAUCGUUUUAAAAAGAUUGAAUCCUGUUGCAGUCAGAAUAUGCAAAUAUUUAUCAUGUAAAUGUGGAUUAAUUAUCACCUCCUGUCUUUUUUAUCAAUUUGCAUGAAAUGUUAUGCUUCCAUAUUUUAACCAUUUUUAAAUGUAAGUUUAAAGUGAACUAUUAGAAUUUGUCUAAAAAUGCUUUGAGAUCCUAAUUUCUUGGAUAUUUUUUUACCAAGUGGAAUCAAUUUACAUCCUGUUAAACAUGAAUAAAAUGUUCUGAUUCCUGGGUGUGGCUCUGAAUUUUGGGUUGAUAAUUUUUUGAGAGUAUCUAAAUUUAAAGUCUGAAUCAGAGUUUGUGGCAGUUUUUGUUUUCACCUCCAACUUUUGUCAAAUGUUAUCUUCAGCUUAUUAAUGAUCUGUCCAUGUUGAUUCUGUUUUAUGCAUGCUGGACACCUUCUUUGCAUUCUCAAUAUUCAUUCUAAUCAUUAAAAUAAUGGAUGUAUACAUCACAUUUCAUGUACACCUUCACCUAUGCUUAGGGCAUGAAG